AUGUCCCUACUAGACGAUGGCGACCAGGGGUCGCUUAAUAAACCACAUCCUGCACAUAUGGCCACUACAACGUUAAAGGUGGAUGGCAUGACUUGCGGUGCCUGCACAUCCGCCGUUGAAUCCGCUUUCAAAGGCGUUGACGGUGCUGGCGCAGUCUCCAUCAGCCUCAUGAUGGGGAGAGCGGUUGUCCAUCAUGACCCAACUAGGUUGACUGCCGAAAAAGUGGCCGAAUUAAUUGAAGACCGCGGUUUCGAUGCCCACGUCCUGACGAGCGACCUUCCAAAUGCGCCUCUGUCCUCAAUUCAACCAAACCUGGUCCCAGAAGAAGCAGGAGCCAAGGUGACUGCAACUACAAUUCAAGUCGAAGGCAUGACCUGCGGUGCAUGUACUUCCGCGAUCGAGUCAGGAUUCAAAGAGGUUGCAGGUGUGAAGAGUUUCAGUAUAUCUCUACUUGCGGGUCGGGCGGUCAUUCAGCACGAUGCGAGUAUAAUUGACGCCGAUGCUCUAGCUGAGAUAAUUGAGGAUCGAGGGUUUGACGCAACUGUACUGGAAUCCAAAAUACAGAAUACCCUAAGGCCGAACUUGGCUAUUGGAACCGACAGUGAACCCACGUCGGCAACCUGGACGACCACCGUUGCCAUUGAGGGGAUGACUUGUGGUGCUUGCACUUCAUCAGUGGAAAAGGGUUUCAAAGACGUCCAAGGUCUCGUUCGUUUCAACAUAAGCCUUCUUGCUGAGCGUGCUGUCAUUUCUCACACUCCUUCGAUUUUGUCUGCAGAAAAGAUUGCCGAGAUAAUCGAGGACUCCGGCUUCGAUGCAAAAAUCAUCUCCUCAAAUCCGGAGACUUCCCUGCAUGGCUCCACCAGCACUUCUAUCCAGUUAAAGAUUUACGGCCUUUCUGAUGGUAAUGCCGCCACCAAUCUUGAGACUAAAUUGAGGUCCAAGAUCGGCGUGACAAAUGCCCUCAUUAGCUUGUCCACCUCUCGAGCGACUAUUUCCUACGACUCUGCCGUCAUCGGACUCCGCGUCAUAGUGGCAGUAAUUGAGGAAGCUGGAUACAAUGCGCUCGUUGCAGACUCGGAGGACAAUAACGCCCAGAUCGAAUCAUUGGCCAAGACUAAAGAAAUCCAAGAAUGGAAACGGGCUUUCUUGACAUCAUUGACUUUCGCUAUACCAGUCUUUCUGAUCAGCAUGAUUAUACCAAUGUUUCUCCCUGCCAUAAAUUUUGGUUCUUUCGAAAUCAUACCAGGUCUUUUCUUGGGAGAUGUUGUUUGCUGUGCAUUGACGGUCCCGGUUCAGUUUGGUGUUGGCAAGCGAUUUUAUAGCUCGGCUUUCAAGAGCUUAAAGCACAAAUCUCCCACCAUGGAUGUUUUGGUCGUGUUGGGUACUUCCACGGCUUUUAUCUUCAGUUGUUUCGCCAUGGUAAUCGCCAUCCUAAUUCCUCCUCACAAUAUGCCAGGAACCCUUUUUGAUACAAGUACCAUGUUGAUCACAUUCAUCACCUUGGGUAGAUGGCUUGAAAACCGGGCCAAGGGACAAACAUCGAAGGCACUGUCAGCAUUGAUGUCCCUUGCACCAAGCAUGGCCACAAUAUACGAAGAUCCUUUAUAUGCAGAAAAGCUGGCAGAUGACUGGGUCGCACCUACGUCGCCAAUCCUGGAGAAAACACCGACCAAAAAUUCCUUCAAGGAUGUACCUGAUCAGGCUUCGGGGCCUUCGGGCCCUUCUGCUGUCGAGAAAGUCAUUCCGACGGAAUUGCUUGAGGUCGGUGAUAUUGUCAUUCUCCGCCCCGGUGAUAAAGUCCCUGCAGAUGGGACCGUUACACGAGGCGACAGUUUUGUGGAUGAGAGUAUGGUGACGGGUGAAGCUAUGCCGAUUUCAAAGAAGAAAGGCAGUUUACUUAUCGCAGGUACUGUCAAUGGUGCGGGCAAAAUCGAUUUCAAGGUCACGCGUGCUGGGAAAGACACACAAUUGAGCCAGAUCGUGAAUCUUGUCCAAGAAGCACAAACAAGCCGAGCACCUAUUCAACGCAUGGCGGACCUCGUUGCAGGUUACUUCGUCCCAGUAAUCAUAGUUCUGGGAGUUGUCACUUUUGUCACCUGGUUCGUUCUCAGUCACACUAUGACCAAUCUCCCCGCGUUGUUCACCAAAGCACAAAGUGGUGGAAAGAUCAUGGUCUGUUUGAAGCUAUGCAUCUCUGUCAUAGUUUUUGCUUGUCCUUGUGCUCUGGGUCUCGCAACCCCAACUGCUAUCAUGGUGGGCACUGGCGUUGCCUCUCAACACGGCAUCUUAGUGAAAGGUGGAGCCGCUCUUGAAACAGCCACUCGAAUCACUCACAUUGUUUUUGAUAAGACUGGUACUCUUACUUUCGGAAAAUUGAAAGUCGCCGAUACACACCUUGAACCCAAAUGGGAUUCUAAUGACGUGCAAAGGAGAAUCUGGUGGACGCUAGUCGCGCUUACCGAAGCAGGCUCAGAACAUCCAAUCGCAAAGUCCAUUAUUCUUGCCGCAAGGACUUACUUACGGCUCAGUGAGGAAGAUCCACUGCCUGGUCAAGUUGGAACUUUUGGAGUGAGCGUCGGGCACGGUGUGUCCGCGGUCGUCGAUCUCGAAAACCCAGGGAAUCAAAGCAACCGGUACAAAGUUUACGUGGGAAACGCCGCAUUCCUGCACUCCAAAAAGAUUGAAAUUCCGGCAGACGUGGAGCAGGCAGUCAAUUCUGCCCUGUCUCCUAUCACGAAGACAAAGUCCAAAACUGGUAUCACUACCAUUUACGUCGCAAUCAACAAUGAAUACGCCGGUAUCCUCGACCUUUCCGACACGCUGAAACCUACCGCUCCAGCAGCCGUUGCAGCAUUGCACAAGAUGGGAAUCAGUACAUCGCUCAUCACCGGAGAUACGUAUAACACUGCCCUCAGUAUCGGGACCCUGGUCGGUAUCCCCAAAACUUCCAUCCACUCCUCGGUCUCACCAGGUGACAAACAAAACAUCGUUGCUGAGCUACAGUCCCAAGGUGAAGUCGUUGCCAUGGUCGGUGAUGGUAUCAACGAUUCACCCGCCCUUGCCACUGCCGACAUUGGUAUGGGUUUGGUAUCCGGGUCUGACAUUGCUGUCGAGGCUGCAGACAUUGUGAUUAUGCGUGCCGAUGACCUGCUGAAUAUACCCACUGCUCUGCACCUCUGCCGCAUCAUCUUCCGUCGUAUCAAAGUCAACCUCAUCUGGGCCUGUGCCUACAACGUCAUCGGCCUACCGUUCGCAAUGGGCGUUUUCCUCCCGCUUGGCUAUCAUAUGCCUCCAUUGAUGGGCGCAACAGCAAUGAUGUUUAGCAGUAUUUCCGUCACUCUGUCAAGUCUCACUCUACGAUGGAUAGGUAGACCUAAGUGGUUGACUGUGGAGACAAUGGAAUUGGAGAGCAGCAAGAUUGUCGUUCCAGUCCGUGGGCAAAGAAGGAAAAUCGGCAUCAUCGCCCGACUCCGCGCGACCGUCCUUGGCCUCAUGGACAUCGCAGUCAUGCUCAGAAACGGCAAAGGUUUCCGCGUUCGCAAGGGCGAGGAAGCUACACGUGGCAGUUAUGUCCCCCUGCACAAUGUCGACGAAGCCGUAUAG